ACAUAACGGGUAGUCCAGUCGGGUGGGUAGUUACGCUGUUAGAGUGUCAGCAUCUUCACUCUCCCAAGCUUCAACAUCACUUUGCAGAUUUCUAGGGUUUCAGUUCCCUGCAAUUUUCACCAUUAAAUUCAAAAUGCACUAUCCCUGCUCCCGCGUCCUAAUCCUUCCCUUUGCUUUCACCGCACCUAAACCCUAAACUUCCCUUUCUCCAUCCCCAGUCGCAGUUCCUCUGGAGCUGUAUUCCGCUCAUGUCGGGUCCCCCGCUGGCGAAAUACAUGAGCCGUGCCGAUGUGGCAGAGGCGGAUCCGCUUCCCAAAUCGCGGUCUGCAUCGAAGAAAUGUUCGAGUGCGGGUUCAAUUCUGAAGCGGCAGCAGGAGCACGGGUCUUUUCUGAUGAGGUCGAAUCUGUGGAUGAAUGCUUCUUGCUCGUCCGAUGCGUCUUCGUCUGAUUCUUCUCAGAGCAGGGCUUCUACGGGGAGAGUUAGCAGUCGUAGCGUGACCCUCUCGUCUGCUCGGAAGAAGCAAUGCAUCUUGAAAGGGGAGGGUACUGCUAAAGUGGCCUGCGAAGCCGAGAGAUUGUCUGCCAGUUCUGAAGAUGUUAAGAAAAAAUGUUCUUGGGUGACAUCUAACACUGAUCCAGCCUAUUCUACUUUUCAUGAUGAGGAAUGGGGAGUUCCAGUCCAGAAUGAUAGGAAGCUUUUUGAACUACUAAGUUUAUGCACUGCACUAGCCGAACUUACAUGGCCAGCCAUUCUUAGCAGAAGGCAAACAUUCAGGGAAGUGUUUCAAAAUUUUGAUCCUGUUGCUGUGUCAAAACUCAAUGAGAAGAAGUUAACAGCACCUGGAAGUCCUGCAAGCUCUCUUUUGUCAGAGUUAAAGCUCCGGGUAGUUAUUGAUAAUGCGCGCCAGUUUUGUAAAAUAAUUGACGAGCACGGGUCAUUCAACAAAUACAUAUGGGAUUUUGUGAACAGCAAACCUGUGGUCUGCAAUUACCGCUAUCAACGGCAAGUUCCAAUUAAGACAUCCAAAGCUGAAAUGAUAAGCAAAGACCUAGUUAGAAGAGGUUUCCGAGGAGUUGGGCCCACAGUUGUCUACUCUUUCAUGCAAGCUGCCGGAAUUACAAAUGACCAUCUCAUCAGUUGCUUCAGAUUCCCAGAAUGUAUAGCUGCUGCUGAUGCAAUGAACAAAGCUGACAGCCUUAAGGAGGACGACGCCCAUGGACAAGUCGAGGAAGAUGGUGAAUUGGGACUGGUAAGGGCAAUUGAUGAUUUGAGCUUGUCCUCAUAGGUACUCGUUGUAAUUUAAAGUCAUUAUAGAGGGCAGUUUCCUGCUCGCCCUUCCCGUGAAGGGUGUGGCUACUGGCAAGUAUGUGUACAAAUAACUACGAAACUACUCUUUUUUUUCCGGUCUGCAUAGAAUUUGUCUGCAAAGAAAUUUAUAUGCAGCUA